AUAUCUAUAUUAGGUCAUAACGUAAAUUCGGUACGGUACAGUUUAAAGUUCAGUAUUUCAUGGUUAUCAAAGUUAUCGUUGUGAUAUCUGCAUUUAAUCGUUGCAUGAACGUGAAACAAGUGCAUCCGUGUUUUGAAAGUUUAUUUAUGAAAGAUAUCUGAACGGAUUGCAUCUUAGUAAAUACGAAUUUCAUAGAAUUUUGUGUCACGAUUAUAUAAAAAAGUAGGAUAACAAAUGAGUAUUCGAGAAUUUCAGUAUGAAGGGGGAGAGUUCGUUGUGACAGAUUCUAUGAAAAAUGCAUUCAAGGAGGACGGUUACACACUCGUCAGAGGGUUGUUUUCUAAGGAAGAGGUAGCACACAUUGAGAAGGCUAUUCUUGCUGGACCCUUUCUAGACCACACAUAUGGGGUUGCUGAUGGUGAUGGUCGUGAGGCCCACAUGAUCCUGUGGAAUCACCCUGGUGUAGAUGUGACAGGGAUGGUGGCUAGGUGCGAAAAGGUCGUGGGAGGCUGUGAACAGCUUCUUGGAGGAGAGGUGUACCACUACCACACUAAGCUGAUGAAGAAGCCGGCCAAGAUUGGAGGGAAGCACAUCUGGCACCAGGACUAUGGCUACUGGUAUAACAACGGAUGUUUGUUCCCUAACAUGAUGACCGUCUUCAUCGCCAUCGAUAAAUGCACCAAGGAUAACAGUUGCCUGCAGGUACUGAAGUCAUCGCACAAGUGCGGUCGAAUAGAGCAUGUUCGGGUGGGGAACCAGAUCGGGGCGGAUGUGUCACGUGUGGAUGAGAUCAGCCACGUGUGCCCCUUGCAGUUUGUGGAGAUGGAACCAGGUGAUGUCCUCUUUUUCGACUGCAACCUUCUCCACUGUAGCAGCGCCAAUAUGAGCGAGGCCCGCCGCUGGGCCUUUCUCUGUGCCUACAACAGGGUGGAUAACAACCCUACCAAGGAGCACCAUCACCCGAGAUAUACACCCCUUGAGAAGGUACCUAACUCAGCUGUUCUGGAAUGCCAAGAGUUCAUGAACAUGGACGGGAAAUGGUUUCAUUCUGUGGAGAAAGAGAAAGAAACUUUGGCAUCUGUUUCAACGGAGACUCAGAAUUAAAAGUGAACUUGUGCCUGAUUCCGCCAUUUUGGAAUGCCAUGAGUUCACUGACAUGACAGGAAAGUGGUUCCACAUGCUUGGUGAUGAGACGAACUGCGAGCGGAAACCAGAAGAUGAUAAAUAAUAACUAUGCAUAUACGCUUGUUGUUCAUUUCCAUAUUCUAUGCUUGUAUGAAGGGGAUUCAUUAAUUUCCAUGAUUUAUGAUUUUAUGUGGGGACAUCAUCAUAUUACAAUAUAGCGGGAACAAGUUGAAGGCACAUAGAAAAUAAUGCGUUGCUUCGUGUUGAUUUUUUGCAUGUUCUAUGCUUAUUGUAGGGCCAUAUUUUAUUUGUUUAUAGCUGCGAAAUAAUCGAACAAGUAAUAUAAAGAAAUGACAAUUUGUGAUCGUUGGCAUGAAAAAUACUUCAGUUUAUGGUUUCAUUCUAUUGGUAUAUAGCGGAAUGAAUCCAGAUAUAAAUAAGAAAAUGGUAUUUACUCUUCUUGAUUUUGUGAAUUAGGAUUUUUUAAUAUUGGAUAUUGCCAUUAUUGUUUAUAGCGGUAACAAAUUAGACAAAUUAAAACAAUGUUUUGACUGUU